AUGGGCACAGUUAUCCAGACAAUYGUYGAGGACUAUCGYAAACAGGGARACCUGGAACUGAUWGUCCAGUUAUUUGAUAAUGAAGUUCAAUGGGGACGGAUAGCCAUACAGUUGGCUAUAGUCGGUUUAGAUGGGGAACCAGUAGGUCAACGACUACUGGAYRUACGCAAAUUGGGUAUAGCUAUGGAAUUUCUGGCUCAGGUARUCGAGAGUGAUUGGCUCAGACAAGCGGGUAAACCAGUGAUAGUUACUGGCAAUAGCCAGCACUUGAUGAUAGAGUAUCGUCAGCUUAGGGAUCGGGUGAUAGGUUGGCUACAGUUGGCUAUUGAUUAUGAACGCAAGCACCCGGAGCUGGAAUUUUGGCUUAAGUUUCAUACACAGAUAAAACAGGUUAUGCUAACUGGUAUCAAACAAAUGGACCAGGACCUAGAAAAAUUAACACCCAACGAAACGAAAAAAGCUAAAAACCUACAGGUGCUCGUCAACAGUAUGCUGAAUGUAUUGAAAGCCAUAGAGAAGGGACAGCCACCUACACAUGUACCCACUCAUCAACACAUACAUGAGCUGAUCUAUUGA